AAUGGUGGCGCAUUGGUGUCUAUCUUUUUUAAUGCUAAGCUUCAAUAAAAUAGAUACUUGAGUCAAAACUGAAAAGCACAAGGUCAUAUUACUGGUACAAAAUGGAUGUGACAAAAGAAAACUUUGCCUCCUCGCUGGAGCGGAUCCGUGCUGCCAUCUGCCGCAGUUCGUUCCUGGCUGUGGACUGCGAGUUCAGCGGACUGUCGACAGGUGGCAGCUCGAGCAAAUUUGACACCCCAGAGGAGAGAUACGCACACCUGCGGCGAACGGCCUCCGGGUUCCUCGUGAUUCAGUUCGGUCUGGCGGCUUUCACUCUGGAAAAAGAGAAAAACAGGUACAGUCAGGAGACAUUCAACUUCUACCUGUUUCCGCGGCACAAGAGCCAAAGCUCGUUCCUGUUCCAGCCGUCGUGCCUGGAGUUUCUGGUUGAAAACGGGUUCGACUUUAACAGGCUCAUAAAAGAGGGGAUUCCGUACCAACGGCCCGCCCAGGUCGAGGCUUUUCGGGACCGACUAGAGUCUCAGCUCCGUGACUCUGAGGCGGCGCCGUCCCCGGCUCAGAAAGGUACCACCGGUACCUCGGCUACUCCUGGUACCACCGUGCAGCCGUCGCCCGUACCGGAGAACCAGGCCGACUUCGUGGAACAGGCCAUGUCAGUGAUGAUCCCAGAUUGAAAAAUUCCUGGAAGGUUCAGAGGAGUACUUGGACUUCCACAACCUCAGCUCAUUCCAGCGCAAACUGCUGUACGAUCAUGUACAAAGCAGGGUUAGCACCCCUCUGGAGUUGGAGACACUGUUUCUCUCCGGCAAACAGCGCACCCUGCGUGUGUGCCGACCUCUCAGCGACGAGCAGAGGCGGGAGAGAGCGCGGCGCAGGGUAGAGCAGAGAGUGGACGAGGCCG